CGCGAUGAAAAGUCUAGACUGUGGAGAUUAGUGUCCAAAACUGUGCAUCAUGUCCUCACACUAGGGUUGGCACGGAUAAACCGCUCAGAUGUGUAGAUUUAGAAAUGUGAUAAUCAAGUUGCGCAACAGCCCCAAGAUGAAGCGGCGCUCGUUAACCACGGUCCGUGAGGAGAGCCCGAAGCCCAGCUCCAUCAGCGACCUGGCCAUCUACACGAUGGUUACUACCACCGCAGUCCUCAGCUACGUCAACAGUCUGAAUGGUGACUUCGUCCAUGAUGAUAUACCAGCUAUUGUUACCAAUGGUGAUGUCGUAGGAAGCAAUUCUUUGAGGCAGUUGUUUUUGGAUGAUUUUUGGGGGACGCCUAUGGCUGAUGCUAACAGCCAUAAGUCUUACAGGCCGCUGACUACUCUGUCUUUUCGCUUAAACCACGCGCUAGCAGGGCUGCGGCCAUGGUGGUGGCAUGCGUGCAACGUGGCCUUACACGCUGCGUGUUGCGCGCUAGUCGCCCGCGCGUGCGUCACAAUAGCUCGUCUACAGCGACCCUUCGCGGCCCUAGCUGCUCUGUUGUUCGCGGUGCAUCCUGUACACACUGAGGCGGUAGCUGGAGUAGUUGGCAGGGCAGAUGUGCUCGCGUGUAUAUUCUUCUUGUCGUCUCUUCUCGUCUAUCAUAGACCCACAAGCAACAAGAAAUGCGUUUGGCUGAGCAUCGUGCUCGGAGCUCUGAGUAUGCUGGCCAAGGAGACUGGAGUCACCAUCCUCAUGCUGAAUCUAGCGUUCGACUUCUAUAGGUGUUGGCCGUUUGUUAAGAGGUCAAUAUGCUCCUUGAAAAUCGAGAAGAAAUGCACAGGUCUGUCAGUGCGGACGAUCAAAGUGGUGGUAUCACUGGCACUGCUUAUUUGCGUGCGGUUGGCACUACUGCAGGGGACGCUGCCAACCUUCUCGCCUCAGGAUAAUCCUGCCGCUUUCCAUCCUAGCUUCUUCGUCAGGUUAAUGACAUUCUGCUACCUGGCCGCGUUCAACUGGUGGUUGCUCCUGUGUCCCUGGACCCUGAGCCAUGAUUGGCAGAUGGGCUCCGUGCCCCUCAUCACUAGUGGCUGGGACCCGCGCAAUUUGCUCACCUGUGCUGCUUUUGGAGCGCUGUUGCUGCUCUGCUAUCGUUGCAUUGCGGAUUUGGAGGUGCAACGCCACACGCCAGCUGUCAUCGGUCUGCUGUUGUUGGUGAUACCGUUCGUCCCGGCGAGCAAUUUGCUCGUCACCGUCGGUUUUGUCAUCGCCGAAAGGGUUUUAUACAUUCCCAGCGUUGGAAGUGUGAUCAUCACGGCAUACGGAGUCCAGCUCAUGUGGUAUUCCAAGCCUGGCACUAAAGCAGUGCUGGUGGUGGGGCUGGCGAUCUUAGCUGCCAGUGGAGUGGCAAGAACUUACAGAAGAAACGCUGACUGGAGAGAUCGAGCUACACUGUUAAGGGCGGAUUUAGUGACUUUGCCGCAGAACGCGAAACUGCAUUACAACUUUGCCAACUUUCUUCGUGAGACGGAGCAGCAAGAUACUGCCAUCAAACAUUAUAAAGAAGCUUUGAGGUUAUGGCCGACGUACGCGAGUGCCCACAAUAACAUCGGUACUCUGGUCACCGGAGCAGACAAAGCUGAACAUCAUUUCCUACAAGCCAUCACAUUUAAUAAGUACCACGUCAACGCGCAUUACAAUCUUGGGAAGUUAUACAAGAAAAGCGGGCGAGUAAAUCAAGCUAUUGCCAUGCUGGAGAAGUGCAUCUGGCUACAGCCUCGUUUUGUACAAGCUCACAUGGAACUGCUAACGCUCAAGCCUGAGUUGGAAAAGAAAGCAAUACUUAACAAGCUGGUGGAAUUAGAGCCGAAUAAUUGGGAGCAUUAUAUAUUAUAUGGAGACUGGUUUAGGAAUAAAGGGUUGCCAGGUGUCGCUGCGAGGUAUUAUUUGGAAGCCACAAGGCUGAGUUUCCGACAUCGAAAUGUAGAGCGGCCUGUUAGAGGGGAUCUGAUUUCUUACCGGUCAACAGCCUUAAUGUACCGCUCGUUAGGGCAGAAAUCAAGAACGCUGCAGCUUUUGACAAGGUGGCACACGUGGCGCCGCGGGUGGCCCAGCGCGGCCGCUGCACACAUGUACCUCAGAGACUGGCGGCUCAAAAUGGAACUGGAAGGUCGUGUUCAGAUCUACUCCAAAGCUGUUAACCCUACUAAAUCAACAAAAUGCUUCGACUCGUCUCAAUUGGCGGUCGAAGUGGUGAAAUCCAACGUAGAUACGAAGAAAGAAGAACGUACUGAAACAAGUGAGGUCAAAGUGAAUGUAAAAAAACACAAAAGUGACGUAAAAUCUUGUGAUUGCAAAUCUUGCGGGACCAAAAAACGUAACCUAUCAGUUUCAUCGCAAAUAAAAAUGACCCAUAACAAGUCUGAAAUAGGACUCAAAGAUAAGAAGUGCACUUUGCAUAGGAAAGAGAAGAAAGCGAAAUCUGACGGAAUGCCAAACAUAGAUGCGCCUCUAGCUAAACACAUUCUCAUAAAAACGUUUUAAGUUCGUGUACGAUUAAAAACGAUCGCUAUGCAGUCGACAUACGUGAUAUAAUCCAACCGCGUGACGAGUGACGGUUUCAGUUGGUGUGGUUUUGUGCUUGGAUUUUCGUAUAUUUUUUGUAAUUGUACAUCAUGGACCGUUAGAUAUAGUUCAGCAGACAAUAUCGCGACGUUAUUUGUAGUUAAGUGAAUGAGUCGAUUUGGGAAUUUCGGUGGAUCAAGAAUUAAAUUACGUCGGCAAAAUUGCUUGUCUGGCAAAUAAAUAGUUUUUACGAAUCAAUUCAAUAACCUUUAUGUCAAAGAUGAUAAAAAUACGUUUCAUAAUGUUACAAUCGAAAUUCCCAAUUGAUUGUAUUAGAUAGAAAACUAAUUUUAAAUCAUUUGUAGAGAGAUGAAAAAAUUAUAUUUUUGUGAAUGGAAAAACGACGGUAGGGUGGUUUUUAUGAACCUGCACAACGUUUAUACGCUAGCCUUUAGGAGUUUUUGUAUGUUGUGGUCAACCUUGCAAUCGAUGGAAUUGUCUAUAAUAUAACUUCCUACAAUAAUAUUCAUAUUCUAGUACCAUUUAUUUCAAUAUUAAAUGUAACAGCUUUGACCAACUGCGUUCAUUUUAAUGUAGCCUAUGAUUAUACAGCUUAUUCUUAUAACAGUAAGGUUGACCAUUGGACUAAGGUAAGUGCCAUGGUGUUUACAAAUUGCUUGGUCUUACUAUAUAAUAAAAUCACGAAUGCUUGCUGUGACAACAGUCCACGCGCACUUGUUAGUCACCUCAUGCGAUACGUGAGGGGCAGGGGAUCUAUAUGGGCAGUACGAAUCAAUAGCAUAUAUUAACCCAUUUGCCAUCGGAAUGAUUGGAAUGUUAGCCGGCUAACAUGACAGCUACAUGACAUUACGCGUGUCACGGAAAAAUAACC